UGUACAUGGAGCAUUGAUAUGUCCAACUCCCUUGUAUCUCCCUUGAAAGAUUGCUUUCCUCAUUUUACAAUAACCAGUAAGCCUGUUACAUUAGAGAUCAAAAAUGUUCAGCCUGGUGACUCUGGUAAAUACAGCUGUAAAACAACUACAUUAAUUCCACCUCCGUCAGUGGAAGAAAGCUCAUCUCUGAUUCUCCAAGUCGCAGGUCUGUCCCUGAAGCCACUGAACAGCACUAAUGACAGCUGUGUUCAUCUGCUCUGCUCUCUUGACUCUGAUCUGGCCAACUUCACCUGGAGCCGAGGAGGUCAGAUGUUACCACUUGUGUCCACAUUUAAUGCUGAUAAUAGUGAACUGCAGCUGUGCAAACCUGACUGGAGUGGAGGAGACACAAUCACCUGUCACGUCAACUACUCAGGAACCCAAACCCAAAAAAGCAUCAAAUUCAGCAGAUCAGAAAAUGCUAACAGAGGAGACCAGGAUUUCCCAGCUGUUUUUGUGGUGUUGUUGAGCGUCUUCAUCAUCUGCAUCAGCAUUUUUUGGAUAUUGUUCUACAUUUUACGAUUAUUUUUGAUUAGUCCCCUUCAAGAUCUCUCCAACCUGAUGAACUGCAUCUUUAUUUAUGAGCAUAGGAAGGGAGGAGGUUCUUGGCUGGGACCAGGUUUCGUGGAGACAGAGAUGGAUUGCUUUCAUCGUUUUAAACUGACCAUUGAGCCUAUUAGAUUAGAGAUAGAAAAUGUUCAGCCUGGUGACUCUGGUAAAUACAGCUGUAAAACAACAAGAGUAAUUCCAACUCCGUCAGUGGACGAAAGCUCAUCUCUGAUUCUCCAAGUUGCAGGAUACCAGGAUUUUCCAGCUGUUUUUGUGGCUUUGUUGAGCGUCUUCAUCCUCUGCAUCAGUUUCAUCUGGAUCUUGCUCUACAUUUUACGAUAUGAGAAACUUAAGAAUAAAAUGAAAGCUAAAGUUGUUGUUAAACUUGGUGCUCUAAAUAUAGUGUCCAUCAGGGUUCUUUACAAGCUUGCUAAAAUAAAAGUUCUGUCAUCAUGUACACACUUCACAGCGAAGGAACUCAAGUAA